AUGUCCAAUUUCGCCACUCCACCCCCUCAACCCGAGGCCUCUCUCCUUUCCUUCCCAGCACCCCAUGUUAUCCUCGUCACGCUCAACCGGCCCCGCGAGAUGAAUUGCAUCAACGCAAAAGGCCACGCAGACCUAGACGCAGUCUGGCAGUGGAUGGACGAGGAGCCAAGUCUACGAGUCGGUAUCUUGACAGGACAAGGGCGGGCGUUCUGCGCUGGCGCCGAUUUGAAAGAAUGGAACGCCAGUACCAGCGGCAAUAAAUCCAGUGCCCCAAUGCCAUCAUCGGGCUUUGGUGGCCUAGCUAGACGAAAGGGCAAGAAGCCUGUGAUCUGCGCUGUCAAUGGGAUGUGUUUUGGAGGAGGCGCUGAGAUGAUUAUCAAUAGUGACAUUGUGAUCGCUGCCUCGCGUGCUAUGAUCGGGUUGCCGGAGGUGAAGCGUGGCGUUGUUGCGCUUGCGGGUGCUUUGCCUCGUCUUGUUCGGACGGUGGGCAAGCAGCGUGCAAUGGAGAUGGUGUUGACGGGACGGUCGUUGAGUGCUGCCGAGGCGGAGAGGUGGGGCCUUGUGAAUGCGGUUGUGGAUGUUGAUGAGAAGGCGAAGGACGAGGUGAUUUCUGCUGCGGUCGUGUCGAGGGCUCUAGCUUUUGCCGAGGAGAUUGCAGGGAACAGUCCUGAUUCGGUCUUGGUUAGUCGGGAGGGGGUGAAGUUGGGUUGGGAGGGGAUUGGCGCGGAUGAGGCCACGGGUAUGUUAAAUGAUACUUGGGUGAAGAGGUUGUAUGAGGGGGAGAAUAUCAAGGAGGGGCUGAGGGCCUUUGUGGAAAAGAGGAAGCCUGUUUGGGUGGACAGUAAACUGUGA